UGACUUUUGCAUUCCAUUCAUUCUACGGAAGCCUGUAGGAGUGUUCGGAUUGGCCCUGCAGACAAAGAACUGCUAACGGUUUUGACAGGUUUGGAGAGACGCCGAGUCGCCGACGACAGCUGUGUUGAAAUGUAACUAAUUUAUAAAUAUCUCGCCUACGUAUGUUCACAAAAUAAAGAAAAUGGUUUUUUGGUGUCCAGUUUGACAGUGGCUGUUGGGAGCAGGAUCGUCUGGAAGACGGCAUCCAGUCGGACGGACUGAUGCCUGGAGACAAAACCUCUGGAAGAGGGCAUAAGUCCUCCAACACCUUCUUCAUGGAGACUGGUCCUGGAAAUCAAGUCCCUCAGGCCGCCUGCGUGAACUUGGAGCCCACUGUUAUUGCAGAUGUUAAGCAGAUACUGAUGGUUAAAGAAGAAGCUCCAGAAGACCAAAAACCUAAUGUGGACCUGUAUGACCUUAAGCUCCACCACAUAAAGGAGGAAGAGGAGGCAGUCUGCAUCAGUCAGGGGGAAGAGCUGCAAAAUGUGAAGGAGGAGACAGAAGGUGCCAUGAAGAGUGAGGAUGAUGAACAAUCCCCUCUGCUCUCACAGCUUUAUCAAGAUCAAAUUAAAGACAGAGAACUACCAGAAGCAAAGAAUGAAGGACAUUUUAUCAAGACAGAAGAUUAUGAAGAUGAUUCCAACUUCUUAGAGUCUGAAGACACCAAGAAGGAGGAAGAGGACGAUGAUGUAAAGCACCCCGUCUCUGAGAUGAAACACUUGGACUAUGGACUGAAAACUGAGAACAUGGACAAUGACUGGAUGGAGAGCAGAACUCCUGAGUCGGAUGGAAACCAAGCUAACAAACCAAAUUCAGAAAUAGAGUCUCCAUGCUUGUUGGAUAUUAAGAAAUGUGCUACAGAGUACAAAAAUGUUGAUUCACAAAGGAAGGUCCAAACUGGAGAGAAGUUUAACUGUGAAGACUGUGGCAAAACAUUUAUUAGAAAACAAAAUUUAAGCAGGCACAUGAGAAGCCACACAGGGCAGAAACCUUUCUGUUGUGAUCUCUGUGGACACAGAUUUAGCGAAAAAUCAUAUUUAACUGCACACAUGAGAAUCCACACAGGUCAGAAACCUUUCUCUUGUGAUAUCUGUGGGCAUAAAUUUAACCAAAGAGCACAUUUAAUCAUGCACAUGAGAAUCCACACGGGACAUAAACCUUUCUGUUGUGAUAUCUGCGGACAUAGAUUUAGCCAAAAAGCAAAUUUAAUUAUGCACAUGAGAAUCCACACGGGAGAGAAACCUUUCUGUUGUGAUAUCUGUGGACAUAGAUUUAGCCAAAAAUCAUAUUUAACCAGACACAUGAUAAUCCACACAGGACAGAAACCUUUUUGUUGUGAUAUCUGUGGACAUAGAUUUAGCAAAAAAGCACAAUUAAUCUCACACAUGGAGAUCCACACACGACAGAAGCCUUUUUGUUGUGAUGUAUGUGGACACAGAUUUAGCUAUAAAUCAUACUUAAAGACACACAUGAGAAUCCAUACAGGACAAAAACCGUUCUGUUGUGAUAUCUGUGGACACAGAUUUUUUCAAAAAGCCAAUUUAAACAGACACAUGGUGAUCCACACGGGACAGAAACCUUUCUGUUGUGAUCUCUGUGGACAUAGGUUUUUCCAUAAAUCACAGUUAAACACACACAUGAGAAUACACACAGGACAGAAACCUUUCUGUUGUGAUAUCUGUGGACACAGAUGUAACCGAAAAACACUUUUAAAUAGACACAUGAAAAGUCACACAGGAGAGAAGCCAUUCUGUUGCGAUGUCUGUGGACACAGAUGUAGCCGAAAAUCACAUUUAAUCAUACAUAUGAGAAUCCACACAGGAGAGAAACCUUUCUGUUGUGAAAUCUGUGGAUACAAAUUUAGACAUAAAUCAACUUUAAGCACACACAUGAUAAUCCACACAGGAGAGAAAAUAUCUCUGUUAUGAUGAUUCAAACUGCACAGCUGCUGUUGGCUGUGAAAUAUUUAUGCGUCACCAUUCACUUUAUUUCGAACAUUCUACUUAUUGAACAUUUUCAAAGUUAUAACAGUCCUGUACAGUGCACAUACAAAUUAUUAAGAUGUGUAGCAAAUACUGAAUACAUCCACAUCAAUGUCCUUAUUAGGUGUUAUAUUUCAGGCGGUUGUCCUCGGAGUUCUCAGGUACUCCCAGCACUCUACCAAGUGUUACUGUAAAAAUGUCCUCCUGACAUUAAAUCUUAGACUUUCCUGAGAAA